UCGGGAAUCCCAACAGUUGGAGAAAAUGGCGUUUUCUUUCUCUGCCGUGUCUUUUCGUGUCGCCUGUGCGGCUGCUGCAGUCGCGCAGAGACGAUGACCCGAGGUAGAUGAUGCAUUUAAAGAGUUGACGGAGGAAGAGAUCCGGCAAUAUUUUCGUCUGUCCAAACGAACAGUGCGUCGCUUGUGCGACGAGCUUGACUCCAUCAUUGGAUGCCAGCGAGCCAGUGGCCUUUCCACAGAAAGGAAGGUGUUGUGCGCGCUGCGAUUUUUCGGCACUGGAAGCUUCCGGAGGAGCGUUGGUCGCGAGGAGCAAAUAGGCAUGGCGCAGCCGGCCGCGAGCAACACCAUCCAGGAGGUGACGGAGGCCAUCAUUUCCGUGUCUGCCCGGAGAAAGUUGGUGGACUUUUCAUUGACACCGGCUGCCAAGGAUGAGGCAAAGGCGGCGUUUGCGCGACGCGGUGCCAUUCCAGGCGUGCUAGCGUGCGUCGACGGCACGUUGAUCGCCGUUAUGAAGCCAGAGGGACUCAGCCCGGCCGACACGGCGAGCUUCAUGUCGAGAAAGGGUUAUUACGCCCUCAACGUCAUAGUCGUGUGCAACUCGGAACUUUGCAUCCUUGUUGUGGACCUCCGGCUCCCUGAUUCGGGCCAUGACUCUUGGAUGUGGCAGCAUAAUCCACUGUGUACGCGCCUCGCCGCACAACUGCAGCCUGGCGAGUCUCUGCUUGGUGGCCAGCUACGACUAGUGCCAGGGAGCGCACCUUCUCCAGUAUGCCCUCCUGAGCCGCUGCCAUCCUCUCUGCCGCGAUGGCGAGCCGGGUGGUGGAUUGUUCGAUCCUUCGCAGCACCUGAAAUGAAUAAUUGUGGUGGGAAUUGUUCAUAUGAGUUGCUGAUUACUCGCAACCAGCUCAUCGCUGGAAGCUGUUGUUGUCAAGAAUUGCAACGUGCACAACAAUUGCCCACCUCCCUCGCUGUAGCCACUGUAGUGUCUAUCCUCCUAACACAUCACAUAUCCUAUGGCAAUGCCAUCCAAAACUACCCCCUUACCCAAACCUUCAUCCCUCCCAUCUACCCCUUCCUCCGAGUGGCUGACCGCCGCAACUACCCUUCACGACCAACGAUUCCUUGGGGACUUCAUCGGCCUAAUGCUGAAGCAUGCCUUGGAGCCCAUUACAACUGA